GUUCCUCCCCACCGCGCGCUCUUACGUUGUUGAUGUCUUCCGCGAAAUGUAAUGAAUAAUUGGCGUCUUUUUGUGGGCAGUGUUAUUGCGGUGCAUUGCUGUUCGCGCCGUGCAUGUCUCACCGUUUUUUUUUAUUAUCAUUCCUCAUAUCAUUCCACACAUUCGUAAUCGCUCAUGUAUGCACGUGCUGGUUCUUUCUUUUUUUCAUUUAUUUUCUUUGUUUUGUUUUUGUUUUGAUCUGUUUCUUUGUCUGUCUUUAUGUAUGAAUGUAUGUCAAAGGCGUUACUUGCCGUGUUUCAGACCAUCACUUCUCUUCAUAUAGCCUCACUCAUAGAUGUGUGUGUGUGUGUGUGUGUGUGUGUGUGUGUGUGUGUGUGUGUGUGUGUGAGCGUAUUUAAUAACACAUGUAUUUGGGAUUAGAGUCAAUUUCAUGUUGUCUCUCUCUCUCUCUCUCUCUCUCUCUCUCUCUCUCUCUCUCUCUCUCUCUCUCUCUCUCUCAUUUUCAAACUUCCACAUUGAACUGUUCUGAGUUUUAGUGUUCUUAGGAAGCCAAAUUCCUUGACAUUGCAAGCAUUAUAAGAUUUUAUCAAUACUUCUUCGAUCGCAUAGUUUUCUCUCUCUCUCUCUCUCUCUCUCUCUCUCUCUCUCUCUCUCUCUCUCUCUCUCUCUCUCUCUCUCUCUCUCUCUCUCUCUCUCGUGGGAUAGAGGUGCGGCACGGUACAGCAAUGAGAGAGUGUGGCGAAGUUGGUGAUCGCCCUAACGCAGACGACGUAAGGAAAGGUGGAAUGGGGCGGGGAGGAGAGAGGGAGGGGGAUGAUCGAUGAUGGCUGGAGGUGGCUUAGAGGAGGUGGAGGUAGAGGUAGUGGUGGUGGUGGUGGUGGUGGUGUUGGUGGUGGAGUCCGGCGGUGUGCGUGUGGUGCCCUCAGUCAGUGCUCAGCCCACACUGCUGCUGCUACUGGUGCUACUGCUGCUACUACUUCUUCGCUGUGUCGGUUAGCAGUGCACCCUCCGCCCCUCUUCUCUCCUCCUAUCUCACGCCUCGUCCUCGUGUUAACAUUCCUAAUCUUUCCAUUCUUAAUUAAUUUUUUUUGGUUCACUAUUUGUACCAUUCCUCGCUGUACCACCAGUUCCUUUUAUUUUUUUUUCUCGCGUUUAACUUUUGUGCUAAUGUUACUAAUUCUAGAUAUUCUUAAAACUUUUUCUUUUUAUUUCAUUGUUUGUGUCAUUCAUUCACUCAUUCUUUUUAUUCUUUUCCUUCCACGUCUCACCCUCGUGCUAACCUAACUAAUCUUUCUUGACACUCAACAUUUGUGCGUUUCUAGAUUUUUUAAUUGUUCUUCUUUUCAUUUAUGAGGGCUGUAUCUCCCUCGUGUUCCUCUUUCAGUGUUUUGUAAAGUGCUAACGUUUACCAUUCAUCGUCUUUAUUUUCUAACUCCAAAGUCCAGAACACUUUUUUUUCUUGUUUCUUAAUUUUCGUCACAAUACGUACUAUUCUCAGUUUUAAUUCCACUGACUCACCUCGUCACUGUCCUAACCUUCCCUUCGUCCCUCAGCCUCACAAACACUUUCCUUCACUCAUCAAAAUCUCUCAAAUUCAUAUCACUGUUUCCAUUUUGCCAUUACCGCUUCUCCAAUCUCUCUUUUUUUUUUCUUUUUCAUCUCCACUUUGCCUCGUUGUCAAUUCAUUAUCACCUUUUAGUCAAUUGCCUCCAGUUCACUUCAGUCUUUUCUGUUAUUUUUCAUUCAUAUUAACUAUUCACCGUGCUGAAUUCCUUUCUGUACGUCAACUUGAACUUAUUACAACCUUCUGUUUCUCAUCUAUUCUUUCUUUUCACGCUUUUAUUCUGUUUCUGUUAAUACUAUAUUUCUUUCUCUAAAAACACACUGUAUUUCACUUCUCAUAGCUCGUCCCUUUCUCUUUCCCUUUCCUUCGUUACUCAUCCUUCACAUGCAGAACUUUCAUCCCUCACGCUUCUUAAAGAUCUAUUGAUAAUGUAUACUUUCCUCUCAAAACUAUUACACGUCAGUUUUCUCACUCCUUUCCUCCUAUUUAUCUCUCACAGAACUUCUCUCCCCAUGUCACUGGUAACGAAAAAUACGCGGGAGGGGAGAGGGGACGAAUAAGUGACAGAAAAUCGAGUGAUAGAAAACGAAGUGACAAUUUAAUAUAUGACUUUUGUGGCCGCGCUUGAAAAGAUUAUAAUUGCGAGUCAGUGUUAGUGAGUUAGUGAGGCCGUGGCGUGGUGAUACGUGUGGCGCUGCGGUGGUGUGGUGUGGUGUGCGUGUAUCUUUGUGCGUGUGUGUCUGUUUGUGUGUGUGUUGUGGUGAUCAUCCCAUCCCGUGGACACCAGGAGCCACGGUCACGAAGGAUGCCCGUGUGAAGGGGAGGAGCAUGGCGCAGGAGCUGGGGGCGGAGGGGGACGCCUCAGGAGAAGACUCUGACGGGCCCCGCAGCGGCGCCAGCUUGUGAGUCUCGCCAUGGCCACCUUCGAAAACUUCCCCACGCCCAACGACACGUACGAGACGCUUCUGCCCCUCGCCUGCACGCCACCGCCCCCGCCCCCGCCCGCCCAUGAAGGCUCGUACGCCCCCACCUCGCCCGCCAUGGGAUGCCAGGCGUCUCUGCCUUUGCCCGCCUCACCGCCCCGCUCGGUGCACUCCCGCCCAAGCUACUCAGACUACUUGGCGUCUUUCCGCGCGGCGUCCCGGGCCGCCGAUGGCCCCCAGACCUUGGAACCACCCUCAAUCAGGCCCUCCUCCGCAUCGCCCGACUACUCGUGUCUUCCAAAGGACAAGAUUCACUUCAUCCUGUCCCUGAAGGAGGCCCUGAAGCGGCACGGCACCGUCCCGGCCUCCUUCAACAAGCUGGGCUUCUUCGAGGAGGUGCACAAGCUGCUGGCUGACGAGGUGUGGCAGAUCCGCAACGAGGCCACGCUGCUCAUCCUGGACCUGCUGCCCUACCUCGGUCCUGACCUGGACGCCUGCAUGGCCAUCGUGCUGCCUCACCUCGUGCCCAAUCUCGGUGACCCACGCCACCUGCUGCGCCGCUCCUCCCUGCGCCUGCUGAAGGCCUACGCCGCCAUCAGCAGGGACCCCGAGGGCCUGGUGGACGACAUCAUCACCUACGGCGUGAGUCACCGCAGUCGGCGUGUGGGUGCCCAGGUGAUGGUGAGCCUGGAGCACCUGAUGCGUGAGGAGACUCUGCGUGGCGUGGACCUGGCGCCCCUCGCCCGCGCCUUGCUGGCCAAGCUGCACGACGUUGAGCUGCAGCCCGCCGCCCUGUUGCCCCUACUGGCCCUACGCAGCCUGGUGGGCGACGCCACCUUCACCACCUACCUGAGUCACCUGAGUGCUGAUUCCCGGGAGAAGCUUGACCGCCUGGUGGUGGAGGGGGAGCCGCCCCCCGACGACGACACAGACGUGGUGGUGGUUAGUCGCUCCUACAGCAGGCACUCCACGCCUCGUCCCGCUGCGGCCUCUGACAAGGAGUACGGGGUGGUGGACGCCGCCACCAUGAACAAGAUACGACACUCGGAGGACUGGAAGACGCGAGCGGAGGGGUGUGAGGAGCUGCGUGGUGUGGUGAAGAGCCUGGGGGACGCCGCGCCCUUGCUGCCUCACCUGCCUCACUUCCUGCAGCUCCUAGACUCCCUCUUCGACGACAACAACUUCCGCAUCUCCCUCACCGUGCUGGACAUCUUCAGGCUGCUCCUUGACCUGCUGGACAAGGGCACGCUGCUCGACCACCUUCGCCAGUUGGUACACGCCGUCAGGAAGCACGUGGGCGACUCCAAGGUGGUGGUGCGGAUAGAGAAUAUGCGUGUCUUCCGGCGGCUACUGCAGGCCGCCUCCCCUGCCGCGGUAGUGCCCAUACUCUGCGACGCUCUCAGCUCCCACCGCUCCUCACGCGUCAGGGAGGACUCGCUCAACCUCAUCAUCUACGCCCUCAUGACCUUCCCCAGCUAUGAGUUUGACCUGAGGCGGCUGGCGGAGCGGGUGAGCGUCAGUGUGGCGGACCCCAAGCGGCGGGUGCGGCACGCGGCGCUGGAGUGUCUGGCGGCCAUCGCGCAGUUCCUCGGCCCCGCCAAGCUCGGCCCCCUCUUGACGGCCGUGGACAGGGUGGAGGAAGAGGAGGAGGCCCCCGGCGCCUUGGAGGCCGUGCAGGCGCGGCUGGCAAGGCGGCAGCUGCCCAAGGUGUCCCCUGACGGCCUGAUAGAGUUCUCCUUGGUGGUGCCCGCGCCCGGGAGACACUCCAGCCUUGCGCGGGUCAAGGGCGCUGACGUGGACUGGGUGCUGGCGGGGGCGGGGGGAGGGGCAUCAGGGUCUCAGGGCGUGGGGUGGCCUUCCUCCCUCUCCGCCUCCUUCACCGCCUCGGACUCUUACGUCAACAAACUCGCCUUCACCCACCCGCAGUCCUCGCCCACCCAGCGGCCCAGACACGUCCAGCUCGAGGAAUCGCUCCACAGAAAACGGUCCAUAUCAGACGUGACGCUCGACAAGACGGAGGAUCGAGGCCUGUCUCUCUGGACCACAGACACCAUUGAUCUCAACAGGACGGCGCCCUCUGACCUCGCUCCCGUGGUCGCAGGAGGAGGCUAUCGCGGCGUGUACCUCGGCAGGCUUCGUCAGGAGUCCGCCGUGCCCUCCUCCUCCUCCUCCUCCUAUUCUCCUUAUCCACGAGACGGCAAUGUGGUUGACAAAGGCUACUCACUGCUGCCCAAUAAAUACGGCGCGGGAGGAGGGGGCGGCACCGGCGGUUUGGGCAGCGCGAGAGGUGGGGACCGACCCGCCAGCCGCUCCCCAUCCAUGCCUCGCAGGAUCAACGCCCUCGCGCCACUCGACCAAGGCGAGGGGUUGGUAGUGAGUCGCGCUACCUCCACUCGUAGCAUCAUCCCGCCACUCUCUGCUGUGUCCCGCCGCUCCCAUGUCCACGACCUACGCCACCACUCACACCACCCUGACGACUUCGACGAGGAGGACGAUAAUGUCAAGUCAGACUUCUACGAUGACGAUGAAGGGGAGGACGUGGCGAGUGAGGAAGAGGUGGAAGAGGAGGAGCAUGUGGUGAGGGAGAACAUGCUAUUGGAAAGUCAAAUCUCGCGCCCCAAGAGUUCUGCCACCACGCGAGACAGCGGUAUCUCCGUUUUCUCUUCUAGCAAUGACGCUGAGGCGCACACAGAGAACGGAAAGGGGAUGGUUGGACACGAGAAGGAGAGGAGUAGGAGUAGAUAUAGCAAAGACACCGCCACGCCCUCGCCUCAUCCCUCGUCCCCCGCCUACAGCUUCUCCUCCGGUGAUGAACAAGGGAGGUCGUCUUUUGAUGCGGCGCAGGCAGGCAGGAGGAGAAAAGGAGCAGAUGCCACCUCGCCCUCCCGCCACUCCCUGCCCAAUGACGCCCUUCUCUCCAGCGGCCUCGGUGUGGUUGGCAAGGGUGUUGUUGGUGGCGGUGGCCGCUCCCGCACUAAUCACAAUGAUAAGGAUUUCCGAAACUUUGACUACGAGAGUGACUUCGAAACGGACGAGGAGGACAUCAAGCUUGCCAACACCACUCUCACCAAGAUGAAGCUUCUCAGUAAAAAGCAAGAGAACAUGAAAGAGAUCGACCGUCGCCGCCAAGACCGGGAGACACGGCGUGCUCAGGAGGAGAGAGUCAAAAAGUACCGGCAGCUGGAGAUGCAGCACAGCCAGAACUCCCUGCAACCUUCCAGUGCUGACAGCGGGGACUCCAAGCUGUCCGUUCAUCCCAACCUGAGUUACCGGGGUCGAGACGCCAGUGCUCGCCGCACCUACCGCCGCAGUCCCCGCCACAGUCCCACACCAAGCCCCACACCCCUUGCCAGGAUACCCAAGAGCAGGAGUCACAAUGCAAACCUUAGCAAGGGCUUUAGCAAAGCCACCGAGAAGCGACACCGGUCGCUGGAAAGGAACAUCAACACUCAGGCCAACGGUGUCCACCCUCGAGAAACCUUCAGUAGAACGCCACAGCUGGUGAAGCGAGGACAACCCCCUGUAAGUUUUGGUGGUGGUGGUAGUGGACAUCUGAGCAACAGUCUGGGCAGCAACAGACGAUAUGCCAAGCGUCCACCAGACAGAGGUGAGGUGCGGGUGGAGCCACAUCACUCCAGACCCACGGGACAGGCAAGGACACCUCAGGAUAGGAGGACCAACCUCACCCCCCCUCACAGGUCCGCACCAGUCACGGCAGCAGCUGUGCAUCGAGUCACUCCCAAAACUAGGAACCCGCAAGAUAAUAGAACAGACUCCAGGACCCCAGACUAUCCCACCACCCCAAUGGAAAGUGUAGGGCUGAGGAUAGCAAAGCCGGCCUCCUCAUGCUUCAAGCAGAACCUCGAACCUUUUGCCAGCCCACCUGAUGCUCUCAGGAUUGCCAAUGAGCGCCUCAACUCCAAUGACUGGGAGGGUCAGGUGGAGGGGAUUGAGAUGCUGGUGCGGCUGGCUCACCACCACCCAGACACUGUGCUGGGCAACCUACGCAACAUCAACAUGUCCCUCAUGAAGCAGGCUAAGAACCUUCGCUCCCAGGUGUCCCGCGCUGCAAUCCAGGCCUUCACCUGCUUCUUUGAUACUUUCAAACGCAGCAUGGAGGGUGAUGCUGAAAAAAUAGCAACCAUCCUGCUGAAUCGGACAGUUGACACCAACAAGUUCCUUCAGCUGGACAGUAACCAUGCCCUGGAUGCCAUGCUGGAGAACAUCACUCCCUCCAAGGCCAUUCCUGCCAUCCUUCAAGAGGGACUUGGUCACAGGAAUCCCGCCGUGAGGACCAAUGUGGCGCGACUGGUGGCCUACGAGGUGGAGAGACUUGGGGCCAGCCGUGUGUUGUCGGGCCAGAAGGACAUCACGGAUCGAGUGCUGCUGGCCGCUGCCAAGCUGGCUCAGGAGGGGAGUCUGGAAACAAGACAAUACGCCAAGCAGAUAUUCCAUCCCUUGAUUCAGCAAGGUCAGUUUGAUGCCGUCCUCAAAAAAUAUGUGCCAGCCAAUGACAUCAGGAAUCUACAGAAGCUCCUUGAUAAUUUGUCCAAUGAGGGCCGCACUGUCCAUGACUCUGCACGCACCAAGUUUGCCACCGGCUCCCGCUACACCAGGACCAUGUGAAGCUGCCAGACCAAUCCUUUCAUGCAUGUCAUUUGGUGUUCAUGAUGCAUUUUGUAUCUUUAAGUCCAACCACAAAUGUUAUGUUUUGUACCUACGAAAAGAAGAUGGAGAAGCUGAUAUGGUAUAAACAUUUUCAUAGCUUGUGAUGAUGGUGGGAUGUGAUACAGGAGGUGUCUGGAAGGUGAGGUGCUCAGUGUAUACGGAAUAUAUUCACAUUCUUCUGCUAGUAUAUCAAAAUCAAUAUAGUAGUAAUUUUUGGGGCAUUCUGCUUCGAUUGUCCUUUGCUUUUGUUAAGAGGAUUGUUUUACUUAGAUUUCCUUUUCCUUGUUGUUUUUAAGAGGGAUGCUUAUUUUACCAGAUUUUAUGUUCUUUUGGGAAUAUUAUCACUAUAUUUUUCUCCAGGUGUAAAGGUUUGGUUAAAUGCCUUUUUUAUUUUACUUAUUUAUUAUUUUUUUAGGGAAAUUUAUUUUGACUGCAUAAAUAUCUUUUCAUUUUUGAUGGGAAAAUAUUUUCAAAAGCAUCUCUUUCCACAAGAAGUGGGUUCUCUUAUCUUGUUGAGCAUCAGUACUGAAGGGCACAUGUCCAGUGUGUCUGUGGUAAUGUGGGUCACCUUUGCCUUACAGAGAACCACCACCAUCCUCAGCAGGUCACACGUCCCUUCACUCUGAGCACCUACUAGGGUGCGUUGGAACCCUCUCAGUCAUUCUUGUUCCACGAGCAGAUCCAGUCAUUAUAUGCUGAGUUGAUAUGAUUUAUUUAUAUAUAUAUGUAUAUGUAUAUUUGUUAUUUUGACUGAAAAGUUGCUUAUUUACCUUAAUUCAACAAUGAAUGACAAAUUGUGCUUCAGUUCCUGUUUAUUAAUGGAAAAAUUUAUUUACUUAGUUGUUAUCUGGAAAUGGAGUAAUUUGUAAAAGUGUGUGACGCAAGUAACUGAUGUUUUCUCUCUUCUCCAAUCUUCAGUUUUUUUCAUGUUUUCCUGUGGAGUUAUUAAACUUUACUAAUCUCUUCCACCUAUCUCCAUCAAAGAUACUAUAUAUUCGCUUGUUAGCACUUCAUCCACAUACAUGUAGUCUUCAUUUGGUUAAUUGAUGAUAAUGGCUGGCAUAAAAAUUAAGGGAUUCAUAGAGGGACAUAAAGGCUUAUUUCUCCUAUUGAUUAAGAAACCUACUGAGUCUGUGAUGCAUAAAUCUAAGUGGACAUGGAGAGCACUGCAGGGCCAAGGCAGGGCGGUGCAGGCUGGGUGUGCUCCUUGUGAUUCAGGCUUCUGUUGUCUAGCGGCCAGGAAGAGCAGCUCAAUCAGGAUUUUGUGGGAACAUUCUCUGCUGUUGAAAGUUUAUGAGAUUCACACUUGUCCGUCCAUUAUUAUUCAGGUUUUCUUUCUUGUAGAUAGAAUUGUUUACUCUUUACAUGUAAAUAGAGCAGGUAUGACUUUAAUGUUAGAUUGGGACUUUAAAGCCUUUCUCAAAGAUUGCAUUAGUCUCAGUACUAAUUAGAAAAGCUGACUAUUUGCUCCAGAGAAGGUCCAGAAUUUUAUGUAAAUAGUUAUUAUAUCAGAUAUUAUCUGAAAUUUAAUGCAGAGACCUAUUUCAGUUAAUUUUAGUGAAUGGCAUGGUGGUGCUAUAUAUAUUUGUAUAUGCUGUUAUACAUUUCAUAUAUUUAUCUAAUCUUUAUAUUUGUGCCUAAGGUUUGCACAAAUGGCUAAGUGUCACCAUUCCCUAUCCCUAGUCAUCCUCUCAUGAUGGCGUGCAUAUAUUUGGCUCGGUUUUGUCAAGUCUUCCUGUGGAUCAGCAAGAUCUUGUUUUUUUUCUCUUUAUUUUCUAGUGAAGCAAACUCUUACAUUCCUGUUUAUCAACCAGGAACUCUUAAGAGAUGCACAUGAUAUCAAUUUUUUUUUUUCUCCAUUUAAUAAGCAGGUAUCUUUAGUUAGAAACCUUUUAAAUGAACAAUGACACUCUUUAUUAAAUUACUUGUAUUUACCAUGACUGUCUUUGGAGGAGCAAAGCAUUUCAGUGUGCAGUGCUACACUUUGAGGAAUUAUGGAAAUCAAAAUGUAGUUCUAGCACAUUUGUGUCAGUGGUGGGGCCAGAGGUCGGUGAUGAACACACAGAUACACAUUCAUCUUUCUCCACACCGGGCUAACACUCCCAGCAAGGAGAGACAGCUGAGGCAAGGCAAGACAUCCCACAGACACUCAAUGACUUCCAUAAUCACAUCACAUGCAUUCCCUUACAAAAAUAUAACAUCCUGGCCUCAUCAUGCAUACUCAUACCUAAAUAUUUGGAUAGAAUCACAAUUAAAUUGUAAUAUAUAAAGUUGCAAUAUAUAUAAGGUUAAACUUAUGGGUGUCAGCAGGUAAAUUAGGCUGUGACACAUGAACUCCUGUUGAUAAUGGCAGUCAAAAUAGGGAAGUGCUGUGUUGGUCUGUGUGAAGGAGUAUGAUAGAUCUUAAGACCUCCUUCGUUACAUGACAUACUCAUGAACAUGAGCUGAGCUUUUGUCUGCCUGUGACAAUAUAACACUUGUUAUCUACUUCAAUUAAGAUGAAAGAUUUGACAUAACCAUUUUUCCAUUUAAUGUCAGUGGUGUCUUUCAAAAUUAUACUUUAAGCUUGCACUGCUACAUUUCAUUAAGCUUGAGGAGAAGCCAGAGCAUUCAGAGUUGAGAGUUGUGGCUUCUGUCGGGAUUCACAAAUUGAUUGUUAUUAUUUCAAUUAUUUUUCCCACCAGUCUUAAUUCUCAUUUAUCAGAUAUCCUGUCAUAAUCUUGUAGAGACUCAGCAUUGUGCUAAGUUUAUUUCCUGUCAUUCCAACACACAACAUAUUUUGCUGUUGGGAAUGAAAACCCAAAUCACCCAUACUACAUGCAGAGAUGCCAGUGCCUCAUGAUCACUCAUUCCAUUGGCAUGCUUGACAGCCCCAUUAGGUCAUGAAGAGUCUCCACUCGCAUCAGCAGAAACAUUUACAAUUCAUGCUUAGGUCCUCAUGCAGUAGACAGGUAGUAAUGACAUCAAGGUAAAUUAUUACUUCCUCGCCAAAGACUUUGCUAUUUCACAGAGCAGGUUUUUUAUUUUGCCUGUAGUCAGUAGGUAUACAAUAGAAUUUAUGGUUGUAAAUAUUGUAAUAUCUUCUGUUUUAUAGAUAUCUGUAGGCAUAGACAGCGAUACAGGUAGGUACAGUCAUGGUCAGAAGCAGAGUAACCAUCUUCACUCACUUCCACUGUGUGUAGGGUUUUCCUGCAGUGCUGAUACAGUUAUAUGGGCAACUGAGUAGUGAAGGUGGUAGACAAAUCUCAUAUUGACCCAGGAAUACUUUACUUAUCUUAUGUUUUGACGAUAAGUACAUCUCUCUGAGGAAGACUUGCAGUCAAAAUGUUAAAGAAGUAAAAUAUUCUUGGGUCAACCUGAAAUUUGUCAACCACCUUCACUUUUCCUGCAGUGUUACAUCCUCUCACUUGCCAGACAUCUGUCACACCUCAGGUCUGGUCAGAUCAUCAGUAGAUCAGGAGGGGAAAAAAUUUAGAGGAAAAACUUUAGACACAACAGAAAUCAAUACAGAAUGUUACUCUUCCACUGACUGUGACUGUGCUGCUAUACUUUGUCUGACCCGUCCAAGUUCUCCGUCCGGGAUGCUGGAAGUCAUCUGUUUAGGACUGUAAAAGUUGAAUGUUAAAAAAAGAAAAAUAAAGCGUCAUUGUGUG